AAACACACACACACACACACACACACACACAUUCUCACGAGUGCAUGAGUAGUGUGUUACUUAAGCGGAAUCUACUACCUUCAUCUUUUUGAUGUCAAGACACAAUCAUGGUUUCACUUUGCAUCCCAGUGAAGGUUUUUAUUACAUAUUUUUUCAUCAUCAUAGACGUACAAGCGAGCCCUUUGAAAGCAAAUGUGUCCGCUGAUAAAAUUCCUGUCGUUGGACAAUCUGAGGUCAAUCUGGCAACCUGCACGGUUUCCACAUCCCAGUCUCCAGCUGAGGUGUCAUGGCAUCUGGGCACUCCGUUUAAAUCAGUGAAGGAAAUAAAAAACACCGUUGAAGAUUUGGAUGAGAUGUACACAGUCACAAGCACUCUCAUUGGUACCCCAACUGUACAGAUGAAUCAGCAAAAUGUUCAGUGUGUGGUGAAACAUUCAUCCAUGCAAGAGGAACUGGGAAUCGAUCACAAGAUAGUGGUGCAUUAUCCCCCUCAGCUGGUCUAUGUAAAACCACUGAAGAAACUUUCCAGUGGAGAAGUGUUUCAGUGUGAAGCAGAUGCCAAUCCUACAGCCACACAUUUCAACUGGAAAAGGAUGGACCAGACCAUCGAUAAUGAUGCCAUUAAAAUAGAGGGCAAUAAGCUGUACUUCUUGAAACUAACAUCUGAUCUCAGUGGUUUGUAUCUCUGUGAAGCCUCUAACCAGUAUGGGACAGCAACUGGCACACUCUACUGGCAGAAAGGACACCUCCAUUCUGAGCUUUGAGCCUUUCAUCUCGAAUUCACUUUCAUCUUCACUCAAAGCUAUUUGACAGAUAUUUGAGCACAUCAAUUAUAUUCUGAGUGAAUGAACACAUGUUAUAUUGCCCUUCUGGGGGUCCCCGGACCCCAGUUUGAAUACCCCUGGCGUAAUCAAUCAUUUUUAAAGGAUUAAAACAUUUUUACUGAUAGGGUUAAACAAAAAAAAAAGGAUUUAUAAUAAUAAUGACCUCGCACACAGUGUUUUGAUUGGUUUAUUUUACAUGUGGUUAGCACUUAUUUUACAUGUGGUUGAUAUGCAGUUAAAGGUCCACUUUGUAGAGUUUUAGCGGCAUCUAGCGGUGGGAAUUUGAAUUGCAAUCAACACCUCAGUCCACAGUUCACCAAUUGGCUCACCAAUACAGACAAGACAACAAAAUAUAGACAAAAUACAGAGGAAAUAUAAAUAAAGAAGACAGUUAAGAACAUAUGAAGCCUAAAAUUAAAUAAAAAAGAGACAUACAGUAAGAAGACAAGACAAGAGAAAAGCCACAAAGUAAGUAAUCAACAAUGAAAAGAAAGACAAAUACAGUAUGAGAUUCCUUUGGCAAGCUAUGAAGAAUCAUUUGUUAAUAAAAGACUUUCUUCCAUCAAUAAGAGAGAGGGUGUCAUUAAUACCAAAUACACAAAAAUCCAAAUACACAAAAAUGUACUCCUCUGAUUGAUGACUACUGCACAAUCACAUUAUUAAAUAAUGAUUGUAAAUGUUUGGUAUCUGUCUUAUGUAUGGCCUGGAUGACUUGACUGAUGAAAGCAACACUCUUAAGAAAAAUGGUGCUAUAUAGUACCAAAUAAGGGUUAUUUGGCUUGUAACAAUAGCAGCACCCUUUUUGGUACUAUAUCAAACCCUUUUUUAGAUGUUUCUAUAUAAACCCUUGCCUUAAAAAGUGCUACAUAGAACCACAGUGGUGCUAUAAAUAACCUUUUAAUUUAUCAGCAGUCAGGAGGAUUAUUUUUGUUGUUUAUGCACUUUAUAUUUUAUUUUCAGCACUUUAUAAGGUUUAACAGUUUAAAAACAGAACUCCAAGACAUAAGAAAAAUACUUUAUUUUUUACUUUUUCAUUACAUGAGGUGUCAUACAAUAAUAAAUAUGGGUAUUAUAAUCACAUUUUUAAGUUAAAAAUAUACAUCAAAAUAAAUAUAUGAAUUAUUAUGCGAAACUCUUCAUAUUUAGAAGGAAAUAGCUAGGCUAUAUGUAAAACUUACAACUGGAACAAUGCCCAAAUGUCAUGUUCAUAUAUAUCAAACAGAGUUUCCUAAAGGAUUGGAGACACUUUUUAACUUAUUCUCAGAUGUCUGGCUUUUCUCUUAAUAAUUCAAAAUGUGAAAUAAUGUCUUUAAAGAAAUUGAUAAAACAACAAUUUGUGAAAUUUAGCUCAAAUAUGUUAUUAAUUAUCUGGGUGUAAAAAUAUCCCUAAAUCCUGAUAUGACCCUUUCAUAAAUGAACUAUAUCCUAUCAAAGAUGUGAUUAAAAAGAAAAUAAUUUUUUUGCUUAGAUUUGUCUCUCACUGGUCAAGGGCUAUUAUCAAAAGCAAAGGGGUUUAUCAAGAGUGUCAGAAUAUUGUUUACAGAAAUAAAUCAUUAUGUUUGGAGAGAUUACUCAAAUUACAUUCAUUUUGUUAAUCAGAUGACAAUGGUCAGUUUUUUUCCAUCUUAGAAUUGUCUAAAAAAUCUAUUUGAUUUUGGGAUUUCAUCAGAAGAUUAUUAUUGUAUUCAAAGCAAUUCAUAUUAAAACUCUUUUAAACAGUGUACAAGCCUUCUUUAUAUAAAGAG